CUUCACUUCAUCGUCUCUCGAUCAGCUCGAUCUCAAAUUAAACCUCCUUCAAUUCGACAGUGCAGGCAAUUGGAACAUCCUUAUCCGAAUCGAAACUACUGUUUCCAUGGUGAAACCCAAAAGACAAACUGCCGAGAUUAAAAACGAACCCGAUUCGUCGUCUUCCUGCAAAUACCGGGGUGUCCGGAAGAGGAAAUGGGGGAAGUGGGUGUCGGAAGUUAGACUGCCCAACAGCCGGGAGAGGAUAUGGCUGGGCUCCUUCGACUCGCCGGAGAAGGCGGCGCGCGCCUUCGACGCCGCGCUUUUUUGCCUGCGCGGCGAGACGGCCAAUUUUAAUUUCCCCGAUAACCCGCCGGACAUCGUCAACGGGAGAUCCCUCACCCGCGAAGAGAUUCAGAUCGCGGCUGUCCGGUUCGCUAACUCGGCGGCCCCGAUUGCCAAUUCGGGUCAGCCCGGAAAUUCGGAUUCUUCGUCGUUGUUAAAUGCGGAUGCACCCUCGCCGUCGGACGGGAGCGGGUCGGACCAAAUGUGCAGUGAAAUGACCGAAACGUCCCUGGACAGCGACUUUCUAGACCUUUGCUCUUAUAUAGGCAUGGAGGACAAUGUGGCGAACUAUGGGAUUUUCCCAGGAUUUGAUGAUUUUUCCGGCGAAUAUUAUUACGUUUCACCGGAUAUCGACGAUUUUGCAGAGAAUUACGACGGAUUUUCUUCACAAGAUUCUUUUCUUUGGAAUUUUUAAGGAUAAGAUUCUUUUGGACAUCGGCAUAGAAUUCUGGGAAAUUUUUCGCUGCUGGAAUUCAUGUCUUUUUGGUCCGUCGUAUUAGGAGGCAAAAAAUAUUUAGGCUUGUACAAUAAUCAGCGUUAACAUAAUUUACAAUGUUUAUUAGCUUUUCAUAUAUAGUGAUUUGAAUGCAUAAAAGGAAUGUUAAAAAAAAAAAAAAAAACAUUUUAAUCUAUAAUUGAGUUCAUAUUUUCU